UGAACAAAAUUUUAUUUCCCGGUUCGCGAAAGUAAAUGCCCGACUUUUGAGCCACUGUCCAGAACUAUUGAGAGGCGGUAUCUCCUUACAAAAUGUUGCAUUCGAGGAAUUUGGUGAUGAUUGGACUACACUCAAUAAGCAUGGCAGAAAUGGUUGGUUGGGACUUCUUGCAUGCGUCAAAUGGUGGGGACAGGGUUUUGAUCCAGAAGGUGAUAAGAAACGAUGGCAUGAACAUGAACUUGUUGCCGAUAUGGUGAAGAUGUUGAAUGGAUUGGAUAACUAUAUGUCGCACAACUCUGGUAACUCUCACUCUGUAUCAACGCAAGACUAGUGUUUGC